CAAACACCACGUUUUUUUGAUUAGGGCCGCGACCUUGAUAGCACAAAGACGGACUGCCAAAACGCUCUUGACGCUGGCCGAUCACCAUCCCUGACUAUACCAUCCAGUUCUCAGCUGCCCCAACGUAUUGUACUGUACAAUACCACCAGACCAUGGCGGCAAGUCUAGACGUUCAGACCCUCGGGCUCGUUUUCCAGACACGACCGGAUAUCUUAGCGGGUAUUGAGAGGGCCGCCGAUACCCCAACGCGUACGACCUUGUUCAACGAAAUUGCGAGCUUUGUAUAUCAGCGUUUAUCCUCCACCGACAAUCAAGCCGAACCCAACCCCAAGAGGCGACGGGUCGAGAUUGCACAAUCGCCAGCGCAGGCACAGUCAAACCAGAACACGUUGAACGGGCAGUCGCUGGCGGCAUCCCAGACCUCCGGCCUGGGGACCGACGCUGCCGUUGUCGAGCAAGUGCUGCUCGAGAUUAAGGAUAUUUCAGUUACGGCGCCGCAGCGCAAGAAAUACGACCUCUGUUUUACCAAGAACUUUCUGUAUGCCCGGGCCCCAGGCUCAUCAACCCCUGUGGCUGGCAUUGUAUAUCCGUGGAAAGACAUUGAACAUGCAUUUUACUUACCGGUCCCCGAUAAAUCCCAAGCCCAAUACAACUAUGUUCUCCUCCCGCGGAACAGUUACCUCCCGAUCUCGAAACAAACCAACAGUGUGGCCGACAAGCCGCAGUCGCUUGAGCCGCUCGUCUACACAGUCCCAGUCACCGCGCCGAAGCCUGGGAGCAUCGCGGGCCCCUUAGCCAAGACAGCCGAGGCGGUUUCUGACACAUACAGCAGUCUGUUCCACUGGGCUCUCACGAUGUCUAUGCGUAACGCGGGAAACAACUCGUGCCAGCUCAUCGCUUCAGACCCCAAGAUAUUUCACAGCGUUGUACGACAGCCCCACCGCCCGAACGAAAAGGCGGUGCAUGUGAAAGCCUUUCGCGGGAGUAAGGAUGGAUUUCUCUUCUUCCUCCCCACAGGCAUCCUGUGGGGGUUCAAAAAGCCGCUCCUCUUCCUGCCGCUGGAGCGCAUCGUGGCGGUCAGCUACACCAAUGUCCUGCAACGUACCUUCAACAUGGUCGUGGAGUUGGAAGAAGACCCCGAGGACGCCAAUAGCAGCCUGGAAAAAGAGAUUGAGUUUGCUAUGCUCGAUCAGGAAGAUUACCAGGGGAUUGACGAGACUUAUGUGCGCCGACAUGGCCUGGCAGACCGGAGCAUGGCAGAACGCAGAAAGGCGAAGCGCGAACUGGCUGAGAAUGCGAAGAAGGCUGCUGGGGAAGGUGAAGGUGAUAACGACGGCAAUGAGCACGCCGAAGGAGACGCAGGGGGGAUGACGGCACUGGAACUUGCAGAGCGCGAGGCCGAGCAGCGGCUGCAGGAUGAGGAAGACGAGUUGGAGGAGGAUUAUGACCCUGGAAGUGAGGGAGAUAGUGAAGGGGAAGGGGAGUCAAGUGAGGAGGACGAGGAGGAAUAUGAUGAAGACCACGAAAGGGCGGAUGAUGGAGAGGGCAUGGAGGAGGACGACUCUACAUAAACUACAUUGGUAACUUAUAAUGGCCAGUGCAUUUGUGCACAUGGACGAGUCACUAUACCUCAGCCUUGGCAACUGGUAUUAAGAGAAUUACUCCGUGUGCACUAGUACUAUUCUAUUCGUGCACUAGUCCCCCCAUGAGGCAUAGCCCAGACGGCGUGGACGGCCUCCGGGAUCCAAGAACAAGCGGAAGGCCGGUGAGGAUGGCGGAGAGGAAGGGAGGGCAGGGCAAUGCGCAAGGAGGUAAGGACCGGGCGCGAGGUUACGGGAGAGGUUACGUUGUGUGGAUAUAUACGUUGUAUGGAUAUGAGCGUUCUGUAGCGAUUUGAGUGUAUUCGAG